ACUGGAGAGUCGAAUUGAAUUGAAAGCAAAAUAGAAAGAAAGAAAAGGAAGAAUGGUUGGUAUGAGAAUGGCAUUGCAUCAGCCUUACCCCUUACCUUACCUACCGAACGCUCAAUAGGAAAGAAAUAAAAUGAUAUUACCAUAUUAAUUUCAAUGUCUCACCAAUCCCAUUUAACACCACUAACCUUCAAAAACUCUCUCUCUCUCUCCCCCAUUUUUUCCUUCAAAACAACAAAGAUUUGCCUUUCAUAUUACACUAAACUUUCAAGUUCCGACAAUGGGCGGCCACUCGGUGUUCACCUUGGCUGAGGUUGCUUCCCAUGACAAUCGCAACGAUUGCUGGUUGAUCAUUGAAGACAAGGUGUAUGAUGUAACAAAAUUCCUUGAAGACCAUCCUGGUGGUGAUGAAGUUUUGUUGUCAGGCGUUGGUAAGGAUGCAACCAAUGAUUUUUUCGAUGUUGGGCACAGUAGCACUGCCAGAGCAAUGAUGGAAGAAUUUUAUGUAGGCGAUAUCGAUAGCUCAACUAUUCCUGCAAAAAGAGAUUAUACUCCUCCAAAGCAACCCCUAUACAACCAAGACAAGACACCAGAAUUCAUUAUCAAGGUCCUCCAGUUUCUUGCUCCCUUGGUAAUUUUGGGCUUGGCUUUUGGCAUCCACCUCUAUAUCAAAACAACUUAAAUAUUGACACUAUAUCACUUCUAUUUUCCUUUUUUUGUUCGAAAAAUUGGUUCAAUAUGUCCCAACGAGUGUACUUUGUUGAAACUUGUAUGAUUAUCUUGAAAAAUUGUUGGGAGUGUGACCCUUUCUUCUAUGGUUUUUUUCUCCUUGUACUUCGUUAGUGUGUACCUCGCUUGCACGCUUGCAACUGUUAUUUGACUUCCUCCUCUUGAUCUUGAAAAAUAGGCGUGCAAUUUGCAAA